CCCAAUUAAAACCCUCUCCACUGCAGGCCUUCUGCCUCCGCACCACAGGAAAAGGAGACAAAGGAGAAGGGAUAGAGAGAGAGAGAGAGAGAGAAGGGGAGGAUGAAGAAGACGACUCGUGUUCGCUUUGUUUGUUUUGCUCUCUUCUACUUUGGAUUUUUUGUAUGAUGAAUCCGGCGCUUGCUCGUCGUUUAUCCCAUUUGGUGGAACAAGAAUGGCUCUUUUCUCUCUCUUCGAUCAUCUUUAUUGCCGAGAAGAGAACUCGGAGUUUGAGGAAGAAGUAGAGUCGGAGGAAUCUGUGCGCUUGCCGCCGCCUCUUUCGGCUCACUGUGACUAUUAUGGCAGCCUCCUUUGGGCGGCGGAAGCUUCGCACGAGGAGGAGUGGCCGCAGUUGCUCGGCUCUCUCUUGGCCAAAGAAGGGGAGUUUCUGCCGGUGCUCUUUGCUGGCGCCGGCGACUUUUCUUAUCUCCGGUCGGGGAGGAAGCUGGCGGUGGAGUGGGUCGUGCGGGCCGCGCGGCGGCACGGCUUCUCCGCUCUCACGGCGCUGCUCGCCGUGAACUACCUCGACCGGUGCUUCCUCCCCUGCGCCGACCGGGGGGAGCUCUUCCGGCUCCAGGACGACAAGCCGUGGAUGGGGCAGCUCUCGGCCGUGGCGUGUCUCUCGUUGGCGGCGAAGGUGGAGGAGAUGCGUGUCCCGCUCCCGAUCGACCUCCAGCUGCCGGAGGACGGCGGGUUCGCGUUCGAGCCCAAGACCAUCAGGCGGAUGGAGCUCCUGGUCCUCUCCGCUCUCGGGUGGAGGAUGAACCCGGUCACUCCCCUCUCUUUCCUCCAUCAUUUCUUCCUUCGACUCCGUUCGACGGCUAUAUCCCCCGGAAACGACGCCGGCAUUGUCCGCCGCAUCGGCGCGCUGGUGCGGAGGUGCGAAGCGGCUCUUCUCUCCGUAAUGGCCGACGGGCGAUGGGCCCGAUAUCCGGCAUCGGCGUGGGCAGCAGCGGUACUGCUCCGGGCGACGGAAUCCGCCGAAGAAGGCGCCACGGCGGCGGAAAUCCAAGAGACCCGCCGCCUCAUUUCCCUGCUCAACGCUCCCAAGGUGGAAGAAUGCUAUCAAGUAAUCCUGGAAACAGCUCAAAACGGCAUGACCAGCCACAAGCGCAAGCUUUCCUCCUCCGAUCAUUUAUUCUGUUCGACGCCGCCCAGUCCCUGCGGAGUGCUCGGUUCCUGCUUCAGCCGCGAGAGCUCGUGCGACUCGUGGGAGGCUCCUCCUCGCAAGAGAAACAAUCGCAGCGCGAGCAACUGUCCAGCGGACGACGGAGCUGGUGGCCAUUAACGUUUACUACUGUGAAGUAUGAGAACGACUUCUCGCAAGGAUUUGCCCAGAGUCAUGUAGGCUUAGACCUUAAUAAGAUAUCGAGACGCAAUUUCCAAAAUCACCUUGGACUCUGCAUGAUUUCGUUGCUUGAUUUAUACACAACGCUAAAUUUUUUACAACUUGUUGUUCCAAGGCAUAAAUCAACCCGAGAAAGUUGUUCCUACUCCUCUAAUUGAUAGGGUAAGAAGACUUGACCUUUUGCUGU